UCGUUCAGUGAUUUACACAUUUAAGUGACUGAGACACCAUACUGCAGCUUCUUUGGUUAUAUUUUUUUUUCGUUUGGCUUUGAGGGUUUUCCAAUAUUACAGAAUCACCAAUGAAUGACCAUACAUACAGACCUUCAUCCGGAAUGGCGGGUGCCGACGGACGUAUCAGUCCAAUGCAAAUGCUUCGACAUCCAGUCAUUUUGACCACCGGGAUUUUAGCCAUUAUCGGAUGGAUCAUCGCUUUUGUUGGCGCCUGUGCAACCCCUUUGCGAAACGUCGGAUGGUGGUAUAUCAUCUAUAACUUCUUUUUCAUCCUGGGCCUCUUGUUUGCCUUGAUGUUCUUUGGUCUUCAUUACUACCGUAUUCUCGUAAGCCGGAUAGCAGGUAUGCGGUUAUGAACUGUGUUCUCAUCUUUCUUUUAUUUUUCUACAGUUUAUGGUUCUUUUGGGUAUCAGCAUUGUCUAUUUGACCGAUCUCAUCGCUCUCAGUGUUCACGACGGCAAAUCCAGCGCUAAAGCAGUGGCGGCUGGCGGUGUCAUUAUGAUUGUUGCCGAGUUCGUCUGGCUCUUCUUGUUCGGUGCUUCGGAAAAUUCAUGGAUUCAUCGAGCCAUGUACGGCGCCGACUAUGAAACUAAUAAUGGCACUUAUCCUCCCGCAAAGCACACCGCCAUCGGCAUGGCUCCGUUACCGAAUCAGCCUGGCCAGCCUGGUCAACCUGGCCAACCUGGCCAAGCUAAUCAAACUAACCAAGGUAGUCCCCGUCAACCUGGUAUGCAACAAGGCCCGGGUUCGCCGUCUGCUGGUCCGGGUAUGAACCAGGCGGCCAUGAAAGCGACAUCAAUGCAUGCUUAUACUGCAAACCCUGAAGAUCCUAAUGAAAUGUCAUUCAAUAAGGGUGAAUCCUUGGAUAUUUUGGAUCACCGUGGCAACUGGUGGCGAGCCAAAAAAGCCGAUGGCACCAUUGGUAUCGUUCCCAGUAAUUAUUUCGCUCCUCUUACUUCAUCUCCCAGAUAGACAUCUGCCAAUUAAUAAAAAUUGUAGUAUUAUUGAUUUGUCCCAUGUUAUCAUGUUUAAAUUCAAUAUCAAAAGAUAC